AUGAUGCACGAUGCUGAAAAGAAUAAGGCCUUCCAAUCAAUUUUUCAUUAUGUUGGAUUGAGUGAUGAUCUGAAAAUCAAGAUGUUCAGAGAUGCCAAAAUCAAUGAAAUCAUUAGAAAAGCGCUGAACGAGUGUAUGUUAAUUUGCAAGGAGCGUGAAGAACGUAAAGAAAGGACUAUGACUGUUGAAUACCGUGAAAUGAUGUUUAGAUUCUUGCAAAAAUCCAAUCCAGGAAUGUUCAAAUUCGCUAAAAACGGAGCGAUCGAGUUGAGUGAGGAGUAUCAGAAAAAGAAAGAUGAGUUAGGAAAAACGGAAACUUUGGUAGCAAACGAAAGCACAGAAUCUAACGACGAUGUGGAUCAAAGCUCCGACGACGAGAAUAAUGACAACAAAGUCACCGGAGUUCAAAGCUAUCUUGUUUCCAGAAUGACUCGUCAGAAUUCAAUCAUCUUCACGCUUGGUUUUCUCUUCCCAAUUCUGGUAUCUCUUAUUUUGUAUUUAUUUGUUAACGAUUCCCUGUUUUUGAUGGGUUACUAG